AUGGCCUCAUCCCGUGGCUCAGAUAUCAAGCCGUGGACCCGCGCGGCGCCCAAUGGGUACAAAUUCACGAACGCCAACAUUGUCGAUGUUGUAUCGGGCACAAUUCAAGAGAACUCAACGCUCAUCACGACCGAGGGGCGGAUCACCUAUGUUGGCCCCGAAUCAUCUGCACCAGCCACGUCAGCCGAAUUAAAGACAGUGGAUUGUCAAGGCAAAUACCUGAGUCCCGGCCUAUUCGACGCCCACGUCCACCUAUGUGCAGUCCCCGGCUUCGAAGACCUCUCGAAAGCCUUCGGCAAUCCCAACGAUGUGCAUCUUCUACGACAGCCAUACACUGCAUCUCAGAUGCUCCACCGCGGCUUCACCAGCAUUCGCGACUGCGGCGGUGCCCAGCUCGCCCUGAAGGAGGCCAUCGAGGAUGGUGUCUUUCCCGGCCCGCGGGUCUUCAUCUCCGGCCACGCAUUGUCUCAAUUCGGCGGCCACGGUGAUCUUCGCGGGUCGCACGAGCCCACCGAGUGUUGCGGCGGCACUCACAGCAACAACCAUCUUGGUCGCAUGUGCAAUGGGGUCCCUGAGUGCAUGGCUGCGGUGCGCGAGGAAAUCCGCUGCGGCGCCGACUUCAUUAAGAUCAUGGGGUCGGGUGGAGUGGCUUCUCCCACCGACAAACUGGAGCAUCUCCAAUUCACCUCGGCGGAGAUUCAGGCGAUGGUGGAAUGCGCCGGUAAUGCCGGCACCUUCGUGACCGCGCAUGCAUACACGGUCAAAGCCGUCCGGCAUUGUAUUGACAAUGGCGUGCGUGGGAUCGAGCAUGGUAACUUUGUUGAUCCCCCCACGGCCGCGCUCAUGGCCGAGAAGGGGGUGUACCUGACCCCGACGCUCAUCGCAUAUGCCCAGAUGGCAUCGGAGCGAUGGAAGAACUACCUGCCUAUUGAGUCUCAGGUCAAAAACUCGAUCGUUCUCAAAUCCGGCCUCGAGGCCCUUCGAGUUGCCUCUGAAGCGGGGGUCACGAUGUGUUAUGGCUCCGAUCUGCUGGGCCCGCUAGGCUCUGCGCAAACGCACGAGUUUGCUUUGCGGGCGCAGGUCUUAACUCCCUUGGAGAUCCUGCGUAGUGCGACCAUCAAUCCCGCCAAGAUGAUGGGAUCUGAGAAUGAGCUCGGGCAGAUCAAGGAUGGUUUCCAUGCUGACGUUGUCGUUUUGAACAAGAACCCACUCGAGGAUGUGACUGUCUUUGACCGACCUGAAGAGCAUGUUCUGGGUGUCAUGAAAGAUGGGCGCGUUUAUAAGAGCCGAUGGAGCGAUUUGCUUGAAGACGGACACAUUCCUGUCCGAGUGCAGUGA